UUCCGUGUUCUUGAAACUACCCUUAAAAAGCUUCCUUCACCAGCUGGUGGUAUAUUUUAUUUUGGAAAUUAUUGGCAAGUCGGUCCUGAACCACACAAGAAUAUACAGAUGGGUCAACAAUGUUGGAUUAUAUUAACAGGAGAUAAAGUUGUUGGUGAUCUUUUGCAAAAGCAUAUGUAUAGUGGAGGAAAAUAUUCGUCUCGUCCACCGAAUUAUUAUUUUUAUCAAAUAUUAACAAAAUUUCAACUAGCAAGUUUAAACAUUAUUACUAUCUUAUGCUUGGCUAAAAGUAUAAAAGAUGUUGAAGAUCCGUUUUAUAAAGAGUUUGAAAUUUUUAUGAAAAAUCGGUUAGAGCUUAUCAAAGUAACAGGUAGACUAUCCGAUUUUUUUCCAAUAUUGAGAUGGUUUUCAAUAAAUAAAAAAUAUAAUCAAGUAAUCGAAGACAGGAAAAUAGCUAAAGCUCUCUACGGAAGAUUAAUUGAAGAAGUUAAAAAUGAUAGCGAAAAUAAGCCUUGUUUUGUUAGAAGUUUGCUUCGUAAGGUGGAUAAAGUAAUGCUAGACGAACUAGACAUUAUUUAUCUCAUGAGCGAUAUUUUUUCAGCAGGAACUGACACAGUUUCCUCAAGUUUGACAUGGAUCACAGAUGCAUUAGCCAACAAUCCUCAAGUUCAACACAAGGCGCAUCAAGAACUUGAUCAAGUAAUUGGUCAUUUUCGUUUGCCAAGCGCUUCUGAUGAACCAAACUUACCUUAUAUACGUGUAAUCAUUAAAGAAGGGCAGAGAUACUGUGGGCCGGUUUAUCUUGGUGUGUCUCAUUAUAUUGAAGAAGAUGAUCAAUAUAAUGGAUAUCAUAUUCCACGAUUAACGAUAUGUUUGAUUGAGAAAUCUCCUCUACAAACUGCGGUACCGUGGCUACAUUUUGAAAACCCCGAAACUGUUUUGAUGAACGAUAUUGAACAAAAAAUCGAAGUCAUGCUU